UUGGGGUAAGCAAGCACGAUGAAGAAAGUUAUGAAACUAGAAAUAAAGAAAUGGGAACACAAGUAACAAAACAAUGAUGAUCCGAUCUAAACCCAAGUAGAUGAACACAGUGAUGUAAUACUAAUAACAUAGUAAGAUUCAAUUUCAACUCACUCGCAUGGAACUUCUUAAAUUCUUCUUCUUCAUCUUCUCGGUUUUGUUUCUUCAUCACGUUGCAGAUUCCACAAUCACAGGAUCCUGUGACCAAUGUCAUCGCACCAAGGAAUUUGAUGUUACUUCAUCUAGAAACCGAAAUUAUGGCGAUGAAAAGGAUAUUGAUAUAAUUGCAACGUAUAGCGAUGCUUCCGGUCAUAUUCGGUUGGCUAGGUUGAAAAUGAGGGACUUAUCGGAUUCUUGGGUUUGGGAAAACCCUAGUAAUGCUAACACUGAACAACAAAAUUACUCCCAGGGAGGAAUUGAGUCAUUGCGAACUGAUUCAAGAUUUGAAGACAAUCUCAAGCACUCAGAAGAUGAACAUGAUCCUGAAGAAGGCUUUGGUCAGAUUCCACAUUCCUUACCAAUGACUCCGGUGAAGAUAAAGCGUCGGAUGAUGCGGCUGGAAAGAAGAAAAGCUCGUGCUGCUGAACUUAGUCAGCAAAACAAAGAAAAUGACAAUCGCAUUGUAUCAGAAGCAAUUGAACGCUCCAAAGAAUUUGAUACCACUAUCAAGGGAAAGUAUAGUAUAUGGAGGAAAGAAUAUGAAAACCCGAAUUCUGAUUCCACUCUUAAACUCAUGCGAGACCAAAUAAUAAUGGCCAAAGCUUAUUCCAAUAUUGCAAAGUCUAAGAACAAAACUGCUCUUUACAAUGCUCUUGUCAAACACUCCAGAGAUAGUAAACUAGCUAUUGGAGAAGCAAAUUCUGAUGCUGAGCUUCAGACUGGAGCACUUGAUUGGGCAAAAGCUAUGGGUCACGUUCUUUCUGUAGCAAAGGACCGGCUUUAUGACUGCAUUUUAGUGGCAAGGAAGUUAAGGGCGAUGCUUCAAUCAACCGAAAAUAGAGUGAAUAUGCAGAAGAAAAGAAGUGCGUCCCUGAUCCAGCUAGCUGCAAAAACAGUGCCUAGGCCAUUGCAUUGUCUUCCCCUGCAACUUGCAGCUGAUUAUUACCUACAGGGAUAUCAUAAGAAAGGAAAUCUUGGCGAGGAAAAGAUUGAUGACCCAUCUCUUUACCACUAUGCUAUCUUUUCUGAUAAUGUACUGGCUGCAUCUGUGGUUGUUAACUCUACUGUGCAGAAUGCAAACGACCCUGAGAAGCAUGUAUUCCAUAUAGUAACUGACAAAUUGAAUUUUCCAUCAAUGAGAAUGUGGUUUCUCAUCAACCCUCCUUCUAAAGCAACCAUUGAAGUUCAGAAUAUUGAUGAUUUCAAGUGGCUGAAUUCCUCGUAUUGUUCUGUUUUACGUCAACUUGAAUCAGCAAGAAUCAAGGAGUAUUACUUUAAAGCCAAUCAUCCUUCCUCUCUCUCUGCUGGUUCUGACAAUCUAAAAUAUAGAAAUCCCAAAUAUUUGUCAAUGCUGAAUCACUUAAGGUUCUACCUUCCUGAAGUUUAUCCAAAAUUGGACAAAAUUCUAUUCUUGGAUGAUGACAUUGUCGUGCAGAAAGAUUUGACACCUCUUUGGUCAAUUGAUUUGAAAGGUAUGGUGAUCGGUGCAGUAGAGACAUGCAAGGAGAGCUUCCAUAGGUUUGAUAAAUACCUAAAUUUUAGUAAUCCACUGAUCUCCAAUAACUUCAGUCCUGAUGCAUGUGGUUGGGCAUUUGGCAUGAAUGUCUUUGACUUGAAGGAGUGGAAGAAACGAAACAUCACCGGAAUCUAUCAUCGGUGGCAAGAUUUGAAUGAGGAUAGAACCCUCUGGAAGCUUGGAACCUUACCCCCAGGCUUAAUCACCUUUUAUAAACUGACCUAUCCGCUAGAUCGGGGUUGGCAUGUUUUGGGACUUGGCUAUGAUCCGGCUCUGAACUUAACGGAGAUAGAGAAUGCCGCUGUCGUUCACUAUAACGGAAACUACAAGCCAUGGUUAAAUCUUGCUGUUUCCAAGUAUAAAUCGUUUUGGUCCAAAUAUGUUAUGUUUGACAAUCCAUAUCUUCAAGUUUGCAACCUCAGUGAAUAGUGAAUAUUUGUGUCCAUAAGUUUCCUCCAUUAGCAUAUUGUACCUUUUGAGGAUGGUAGCGCAUGUAGUAUAUAGGGUGUAUGAUUACAGCACAUGGUCCGCUAUGGAUAAAGCCAUUUAACGAAAAAGAAUAGUCUUUUAUUCUUUUAAAAUUAAAAAAGAAAAAGUAGUCCAUUAUUCUUUCCCUAAUUAUUCCACUUAUCUCUCAAAACUAUCUAUCUUAAACCUUAAUACACACUAGUUCAAUUUCCCCCCUCAUUCAGACUGGUUUGCAAACGGUAAUUCAAGCACCAUGACAGGUUUGUAGCAAAUCAAUUUUGAUCUAUGUCUCGCUGCUUUUAUAUUUGAUUGGUUUAUGUCCUUUAUCAUAUUGCA